GCCGCCGCUCAGAAGCUAUUUGCGUCUUGACAAUCUUAUUAAGGGACUAGACUGACCGCAGCAGGGUGCGUUUGUGUGUCCCCGGGUGGGUAGGGGGUGGAGGUGGGACUUGGACUAGAGGACAGGAGGCACCUGACGGCGUGAGGGUGGGACUGCGGCGCGGUGACAGUUGCAUUUUGCUCUGCGGCGAUUACCCGUCCUCCCUGCCUUCACUCCGCCCGUCUCCCUGCAUUCUUUCACUGCUUCAGCAUCAGAGGUCGCCGGUUUUGAGGACAACAAACUCCCCGCGGGACCAUGCUGACGCUGCUGACGUCCAUGUAUCUGGUGGUGCGGGCCAUUUUACCGCAGGCCGAACCAAUCCGCGUUGUGGUGACCGGGGCCGCCGGUCAGAUCGCCUACUCCCUGCUGUACAGCAUCGCAAAGGGGGAUGUAUUCGGAAAGGACCAGCCAGUCAUCUUGAUCCUGCUGGACAUCCCCCCCAUGCUGCCGGUGCUGGACGGAGUCGUCAUGGAGCUGCAGGACUGCGCCCUCCCUCUGCUGAGGGAGGUCAUCCCCACUGACAAGGUGGAGGUGGGCUUCAAGGACAUCGAUGCUGCCAUCUUGGUGGGCUCCAUGCCAAGGAAGGAGGGAAUGGAGAGGAAGGACCUCCUGAAAGCCAAUGUGGCCAUCUUUAAGACGCAGGGACAAGCUCUGGACAAGUACGCCAAGAAGACUGUGAAGGUCUUGGUGGUUGGAAAUCCUGCAAACACAAACUGUCUGAUCGCCUCCAAGUCCGCUCCAUCCAUUCCCAAAGAGAACUUCUCCUGCCUGACCCGGCUGGACCACAACAGAGCCUGCUCCCAGGUGGCGAUGCGCUGCAGCGUUUCCUCUGACAACGUCAAGAACGUCAUCAUCUGGGGGAACCACUCCUCCACUCAGUACCCCGACGUCCAUCACGCCAAGGUGAACCUCAACGGCGCGGAGGUGAGCGCCUACGACGCCGUGAAGAACGACGCCUGGCUCAGAGGAGACUUCAUCUCUACCGUGCAGCAGCGAGGCGCUGCUGUCAUCAAGGCCAGGAAGCUGUCCAGCGCCAUGUCUGCGGCCAAAGCCAUCUGUGACCACAUGAGGGACAUCUGGUUCGGCACGAAGGAGGGCGAGUUCAUCUCCAUGGGAGUCUACGCUGCAGGAAACUCUUACGGCAUCCCAGAAGAUCUCAUCUACUCCUUCCCCAUCCAGAUCAAGAACAAGACCUGGAAAGUUGUUGAUGGACUCCCCAUCAACGACUUUUCACGAGCCAAGAUGGACGCCACGGCGGCAGAGCUGGUGGAGGAGCGUGACACCGCCAUGGACUUCCUGUCUCAGUGACUAUCACCCCCUGCUGGCCAGCAGAAGCUCCCUGAUCCGCUGCAGGCGCACCGCUCUCGGCUCUGAAGUCAAAGCCCUCCACUGUUCUAGCUGUUGGAGCUGUGUGUUUGUGUGAGUGUGUGUGUGUUUGCGCAUGUGUGACUGCGUGUGUGUGUGUUUGUCACCAGGCCACCUCUUCAGGUUCACUGAGAAUCUGUCCAAAUCUCCACACCUGGCCUCCUCUGUUCGCUGGACACAAGAGUCUCUGGUAGAUAAAACAGUAGAUGUGCAGAAACUGUAACAGAUCAUUUUAUCUGCAAUAAAACAAACAUGAAAACUA